CGAGCGCUUUCCGCCAUCGGUAGCUUUUUGGUCCGUCUGCCUUUCCGUAGGGGUGAAGGCUGGCGCCAUGGACGUUAACCAGCCCAAGCAGGAGCAUUUGCUGGCUCUGAAAGGUCCUGUUUUCCAGUGAUCUUUGCAGCACAAGGGAAGGAAAUUCUUGUAAAUAAGAUGUUUCAGUCUAGAUUUGAGAGUCCUAAUCAAGACACUGUUCUUUUUCCUAAGAAUAACUGGAUUGCUACUGUACAAGCAUGGAAGUGGUCUUGCAUUAUCGACCACAUCAGAGAGAUCUAAUAAAACUGCAGAAGUUUGCAGAAGCAGCGGUGAAGGAGCUUCCUAUUCGCCCGUUACCAAGAUUUACACCCUGGUUUCCAAAUGAUUUAUGCAGACUUCCCCUCAAACCAAAAAAGUGGCCACCUGUUAUUUCUUGUGAGGAAGCAGAAGAACUGAAACAGCUUUUUACACCUUCAGAAUAUGUUACAGAAUCUCCUGAUUAUGACUGCACAAAAAAUCUCCUUGAGUUUCAGUCUAACAUAAAACAUGGGCAGACUUUAAUGCAAGCAGAAACUGUUCACAGACCAAUUAACUUGGAGAAUCAAGGAGAACCAGCACCUAAUGGAAAACAAAAAUUGAAAAGGUCUUGGAGUGUCUCUCUCCCUAGCCCUAAGCUUAAAGAAAAGAUUCUUCCUUUAUCUCAAGAACUGCAGAGUAAUUUGGAAAGACUAAAACUGCAUGCAUUUUAUAGAGCAAAGUGGACAAUUGAACAGUCUAUUUGUAAUAAUCAGAAUUUGGAGGACAUCUGGAUAAAAUUGAAUAGACUCAUCAAGCAGAAUGAAUUGCCAUCUUGCAAUGCUACUAUCCAAAGAUCUGUGGGACAGAUAUGGAUUUUCUGUGAUAUACUGUACUGUGAAUAUGUUAGAAAUAUUCUUAGAGAAAAGCUAAGUCUUACUGAUAAAAUGAAUUUGCUUGUACAUAAAUUUGGAAUUAUAUUUAGUUUGUAAUUGUAAGAUAGAGUUUCAUAAUAAAAUUGCUAUCUGAAGUACUUUUUAAGCAAUAUAGAAUAUACAAACUUCAGAACAGCUGGAGAAUUAAUGAGCAGAAAUCUGCAUAGUACUACUUUGCUACAGUUUUUUAACUGUAAUAAUAUAUUUAUUUAACUUCGUUUUGCCAGGAGACAUAUGAAUGGUUCCUAUUAAGAUUAGUAACUGUCUGUUUAGCUUAGUACUGCAUUUUGUAGCUUUUCUCUACCUUUGUGGUCUAAAUGAAAAAAAUCAAACUAAGAAUUCCAGACUAUUAUGUCAAGGUGCAUCAGAUAAUAACAUUUAUGCUUUUGAUCAAGCAAGCUACAUCCUCACUGUGCUUCUUUGAAAUUAGAAGAAGGAAAAAUAGUUUUAAGUGAGUUGUUAUAUUGGAUAUAAGGAUCUGUGAUUAUUUUUGUCAUUGAGACUUUCAAGAUUUGAUUAUUUCCUGAAGGUAGUAUGUGGAGGUUUUUGAAUGAAGUCACAGCCCUGGCAUGAAUUACAGAUUUACUUUCUCUUGCAUAUAUAUGCAAUUUUAGUAACAUUAUCUGUAUUUUCCCAGAAAUACUAGUGAAAGUUUCAGUGGAAGCUGAAAAAUAAUUAACAACUUUAGAUAUUAUUUCUAAUUAUAUUUGGGAACAAGAAAGCACUGACUUCCAGCUACACAUCAGGGAAUUAAGAAAUUAGAUGUCUAUCUGUAAACCCCUAUUGUCAUUAUGGAAGGUAAAGGUCUCUGAGGAUUUGAAUGCGUUUUAUAGUGCUAAAAGGCUGAGUUCAGCAUGACUUUUUGUCAGGUGAAAAAAUGAAGUGUUUCAAGGUCAUGCUGUUCCUGUUCAAUUCAAUGUUUGAAGGGUCAGCAGAGCAGUUGAACUGGGAUUGAUACGGCUGCAAGAGUGUGUAUUUCUCUUGAGCACCCCUACUAACUCCAGAUUAUUUUGCUGUAGCUGGAGGUCAAGGUCUGUGGCAUUUGGAAAAGGGGGAAAAUAAGUGAAUGGUAUUUGUAGAUUGUUAGAUGAUCGUUAACACUUAUCAAAUAAAAGUGCACAUAAGCAUAAGGGAGACCCCUCUCUGUAAAAACCAAAUAAAAUCCCCUUGGACUUUCACUUACAUUUUUUCUUUUGAUGACAUCCUUGUGUUGGAAUAAUGAUAUUUUAUUACAGGCAUUACAUACCUUUUUGUAGUUUAAAAUCAAGUAUAUUGCUCAGUUUGGAUCAUUGACAUGAAUUUCUAAACUUUUAAUGUUAAGGGGGCUCUGUAUUGACAUUUAGGGUGUUUCUGACAUUUAAUAUUACCACUUAGCAAAACUGAUAUAAAAUGUUGUCUAGAGUAACUGAGGGUCUAGUUUUAAAGGUUAUAUAGCCAAGUUAUUUCACUUAAAUUAUUUUUCUGAGCUUAACACAAAUAGUAACAACAUUUCUUUGUGCAUCAGCAUUUUAAAAGUUAUAGUGCAGUAGAAUGCAACAUGGUUUGAGUUUUAUUUAAUGUUGUAGGUUAUGUCUAGGAUCUUAGAAAAAACAUAUGAGAGGUUGUCUGCAAAGAUACAUUUUUUUCUGCUAUUAAUUUAGUAGUCCUAUUAAAUAUGAUAAUCUACAUACCUUAAGCUGUUUGUGUUUUGACUUCAUUCUCUUAUCUGUUUAUUUAUGGUCCUAAACAUGAUCUGUAACUUGUCCUUUAGAAACAGUCAGCAAGUACUAGUUGACAUGGGUUUACUGUAGAUUUGAAUAAAAUCAAGUAACCGCCAAUAGUACAGUCCCACUAUAUUUAUUUAAUAUAUCAACAAAAGACCUAAACAAACAUCUUACUAAACAGAGAUCAGUGUCACUGUUCAGUGGUAGCUGUGAGCUUUCUGCUGCCUUGGUUUGGCUUGUGUGAGAAUAAUGGUACCUUCAUUACUAGCUGUGAGCACCUCAGCUGGAUAACUUUCAUGUAAUAAAAAGUGAACAUCAUAUUUGGUUUCUCUACAGAAUUAUUACAGUCUUGGGUAGCACCGAUGUACAAGCUGAAAUCCAGACUCUUAUUUUGAACUGUUCCAGAAAUGCUUAGUUCAUAUGCAUUUUCAGUGUUGAAUCUGGUUCUCCACUUACUCUGUUCUGUAUAUUUUGGGACUUUUUAUUUGCCUUGUGGUUCUAAGCCUUCAGAGGUCAUAUUUUUCAACUUUUCACCAUAGCGAAGAGAAUGUAUUACCUUUUUUUUUGUGAGAAAUGAGAUUUGUUUGUGUUGGUGCUAACUUCCAUAGGUCUGCUGUAUAGUAGUAUAACUCCUUAUGAACCAAUACAACCCACUACACCUAAAUGUGUAUUGAAAUAAUUAAAUAUUUUACACAACUGGAAGUAGUAAAUCCUGAUUAGACAUAGAAGAUGUACAAAACUACAAUAAAGAUAAAAGCACAAUACAUGUGUCAGUGCAAGGAUGUUGUUUAACUUGUUGCAGUCAAGUGGAAUCCUUUUUUUUUUUUUUUUUUUUAGUUUUACUUUUCAGAAUUUUUGGGCUUUUGGUUUUAUGUUUAAGUUUCAGAGAAAAACAAAUCAGUGACAUUUGCAUAUUCAGAUCAACACCUGAGCUUAAAAGUGUUCAACUUUGUUUCAUACGAAUGCUUUCAUGAGAAGCUAGAUACGAGAUUAGGACCGUUAGUUUAUAUGAAUAGGAAGGAAUUAUUUUAAGAUGCUUAAAUCUGUAAUACAAAUAGAAAUAAUGUAAUUUUGAGUAUUCGGAGUUAAAAUAGACUUUGAAAAUACCACUUUCUUGAAGUAGAGGGUUUUUAAUAGUGAGGUCUCAAUGAUUUUGAUUUUGUCAGUAUUGAUAAAAUAGGUUUUUUGUAAGUAUGUUCCUGAUGUUUUUGUGAUGGUUUUGCUGGUUUGAGUGUAAAGUUUGUGGCUAAAAGAAAAAGUGGUUCUAUAAAUAAAGUCAGCUUUUAGACUUGCAA